CCACAUCCAAUCACCUCUCACUCACCAUUCUUAUAGAACAUUUAAUAAUAACCCCACCUACCCCUUGGCACCCAUUUCCCUUUUCUUCUUUUUCAGUUCCAUCAUUUUCAUGCACUAACUGCCCCUCUCUCUUGUUCUUGGAAAAACACUUGCCUACUACAAAGCUACACUCUACUCCUUCAGUAAAAGAAGUGCUAUUAUUUGCCUCUUUUUUAAUAUUCGACCAUUUUAAGUUUCUUGAACUGCAUAAUGCCACCUAUGUGAACUUGCACCUUACAUGACAAAAGCAAUUGUCAUUUGUCAGCAACAUAAGGAGUAGGAGCGCCAGUUCUUUAUUAAUUUUAUCAAUUCCAGACUCCAAUCUAAGAUUUCUUAUCCUUAAAAACACAUUCUUACCAGUUACCACUUGAUAGUAUUUGUACCAUGUAGAUGUUGAUAUACAGGGACACAUACUUCCAAGUUAUGUCAGUAAAAGAACCCUCUCUCUUAUUCAUUAUAAUCCCCCAUCCUCUUUUUAUUUUCGUUCAAUUUCAUACUAACUUUAACUCUCUUCCAUAUCCUUCUCACCUUGUCUCCACUUUGUUUUCCCUUCUAUCUCCAUUUCUAGGUCAUACUUUCUCUCUUCCUUUUCUUUUUUACUACAUAUACUGACAUGGUUAACAGAUAGUACUGCUACUACAUACACUUCGUUAUCAUAUUCCCAUCUCACACGCAGACACACUUAUACAUUUCCAGGUGCCUCCAACUCAUGAGAAAACACAGCAAUGUCAACGACAACAACUGCAGAAACGACACCGUUUUUCACGGCUCCACCACCACCAAGUGUUUCGCAUGCACACAAGUUGGCGUCCCUAUCUUUCACUCCACAAGCUGUGACAGCACUACUUCACAGCAACCCCAUUGGCAAGCUCUAGCCGGAUCCUCCCUUAUCCCUAUCCAGACCCCACCAGGCAACCACCCCUUUCCUGACCCGACCCGGAAGCUACCCCCGCUCCAAUUUGGGUCAGUCCUUGACCCACGUAGCCAGUUAGUGCAAUGGUGGAAUCGAGUGUUUUUAUUGGCACGUGGCAUUUCGUUAGCCGUUGAUCCUCUUUUCUUUUAUGCAUUGACGUUAUCGAUAGGAAAAGGUGGGGCCCCUUGUUUGUACGUGGAUAAUAACGUGGCGGCUGCCGUAACCGUUGCACGGACGUGUCUUGACGCCGUUCAGUUCUGGCGCGUAUGGUUACAGUUCAGGUUGGCUUAUGUUUCUAAAGAGAGUCUUGUUUUUGGAUGCGGUGAACUCGUGUGGGACGCACGUGCUAUUGCUACGCAUUACGUCAAGUCGUUUAAAGGUUUCUGGUUUGACGUUUUCGUGAUCCUGCCAUUUCCUCAGGCAACAGUUUGGCUAUUGGUGCCAAGAUUGAUCACACAAGAGAAGAUUAAGCUGGUACCGACGAUAAUACUGGUAACAUUCUUGUUUCAAUUCCUGCCUAAGAUCUACCAUAGCUUUCGCAUGAUGAGCAGAAUGCGAAAGGUCACAGGUUAUAUCUUUGGUACCAUCUGGUGGGGUCUUGGCCUUAAUCUCAUUGCCUACCUAAUCGCCUCUCAUGUUAUUGGAGGAUGCUGGUAUGUGCUUGCUACUCAAAGUGUUGUGAAAUGUCUCAAGGAACAGUGUGAAAGAAAUGGCAAUUACAAGCUUUCUCUCUCAUGUUCUGGGGGAGUUUGUUAUCAGUUUAUGUAUCCUGAAGAUAAAUUCGGAAACACAUGUGGCAAUAGCACAAAAUUGAUUGCAAAACCAUUGUGCUUGGAUGAUGAUGGACCAUUCAAUCAUGGGAUUUAUUCGCAAGGACUUCUAGUCGUUACCAGCCAUUCUCUUGCUGUCAGGAUUCUUUAUCCCAUAUUCUGGGGCCUGCUGAACCUAAGCUCUUUCGGCAAUGAACUAGCUCCAACAAGUAACUUGGUAGAAGUGAUGUUCAGUAUAUUCAUUGUGCUGUGUGGAUUAACUCUCUUCACUCUAAUGGUUGGAAAUAUACAGGUAUUUCUGUCUGUGAUGUUGGCAAAGAACAAAGACAUGCAGCUUAAGCGUCGAGACAUAGAAUGGUGGAUGAGGAGAAGACAGUUACCAUCUGAUUUGAGACGAAGAAUGAGACAUUUUGAUAGCCAGAGGUGGGCUAUCAUGGGGGGAGAAGAUGAGAUUAAGUGGAUUGAAGAAUUACCUGAGGGACUCCGCAGAGACAUUAAGCGAUUUCUUUGCUUGGAUCUGAUAAAAAAGGCACCUCUGUUUCACAACUUGGAUGAUCUUAUUCUUGACAACAUUUGUGAUCGUGUCAAGCCCCUUAUCUUCUGCAAAGGCGAAAAGAUAAUUAGAGAAGGAGACCCCGUGCCAAGGAUGUACUUUAUAGUGCGUGGACGUGCGAAACGUAGCCAAAGCCUUAGCAAAGGCAUGGUAGGCUCAAGUGUGCUUGAACCUGGAGGCUUUUUAGGCGAUGAAUUGCUUUCCUGGUGCCUUCAACGCCCAUUUAGAGACCGCCUCCCAGCCUCAUCUGCAACAUUUGUUUGUCUGGAACCGACAGAAGCAUUUGGUCUUGAUGCAAACCAUCUUAGGUAUAUCACUGACCACUUCAGAUACACAUUUGCAAGUGAAAAGCUGAAGCGAACAAUGAGAUAUUACUCUUCGAAUUGGCGAACAUGGGCAGCUGUGAACAUACAAUUUGCUUGGAGACGAUACAGGAUGAGGACCAGAGGUCUAGUGAUUCCUGUAGUGAUGCAUGGAAACAUUGAGAAUCUGCUUCGGCAGUAUGCGGCCAUGUUCUUGUCAUUGAGGCCUCAUGAUCACCUUGAGUGAGUGAAUGCAAGUGUUGCUACCCUUUGUUUUCCAUCCAUCCAUCCUGGUUAUAGUUUUUCUUCUCAGAUUUGUUCUUUUCUUUUUUCGACUGAAAGUCGUGUGUAUUUUACAAUAUCAGAACCAGAAAAUGUAAAGCAUCCUGUGGUUUGUCCUGCUAAUAAAAUUGAACAGAAAAUUUAUAUGCA